AUGUUGGCACCGGUGAUCGCCAAUCUGGUGCAAUUCUUCUACCCCAUCGGAAACACCCCUGCAGUAUCCCUCGCCCAGGAUUUACCACCAAAAGAAAAAGCAGACAUCCUUCUUCUCGGAUGUGGAGAUCUGCGUCAUAUUCUCUUUACCAUCAACAACGAGCAGGAAGUCCGUGAUCAGCGUCAAUUGGACUUCACUUGUUGCGAUGUGGAUACCGCUGUGAUAGCUCGCAAUGUGCUUUUGUUAUCCUUGAUUCUGGAUGACGUAGAGGGUACCAACGAGGACACCAUCUGGAAUCUGUUCUAUCACUUCCGCAUCGACAAAGGUUCACUUGACCUGUUGCAGAGCCAGACAGCCAAGCUGUUAUCUCUGUCCGACUCACUGGAUUCAUGGCACCAGAGUCAGUAUAGUUCACAUGUCAAAAUCUGCGACCGCAUCUCCCUUGAACGGGUACGAGGCAUGUGGGGCUUCUACGGAGCCAAGAGAGAGGGAGAUGAUCUCUCCGCCUACAAGACAAAGGUUGAGUCCGGCAUCCGCAAAUCACAAGAGUAUAAGAAGGCAGUUCUCGGAGGGAAGGGCGGAAAUGUUGUGACAAGUGCACGCGCGGCUGCGCCCGCUUGCCUCGACGCGAUGUCUGACCUCGGCGGCCUGUACAAUGACUAUUGGGAGUUCGGCACUACCGACAGUGAUCCAAAAGCCCGAUCCGAUGCCACUGAAUACAACCCCAUGUUCACACCGCAGGAUGGAAACAUGUUUUUACAUUACGGCAUCGAUCCACUGUCAGGUUUCCACCUUGGAGCCGCUUACGUUCCGGUCAAGGAACCGUCGCCACUAGCAAACGCAUCCCCGCAAAAGCCUACGGGUGAUGAUAUUGUUUGGACUGCGCGAAACGAGUUCAGCAGCUGGAUGCGAUCAUUCCGGGCUCACUGUGUUGCUGGAUUGGUGAAGCUGCGCUUCUUCGUUGGAGAUGCAGUGGCCCUUGCGUACGCGCUACAGCAUGUGCGCAGCACCGGUUCAUCAAAGCAGGCCAAUUGGUACCGUGAUAGAUACCACUUCGAGCCACUGGAGUUGAAUGACGAAGAAUACGCCAAUGGCUCUGCGCCUUGCGUGUUUGAUAUCAUCGAUACGUCCAACCUGAUUGAUCACCUCGGAGCCUUGAACAUGCUGGUUGCUACUUCGCCACUUCUUCGGAAUACCUUCUCUGCUACACUGUUCUCAGAGAAACUCGUCAAAGCGCACGGAGAUCACAACGAGCUCCUUGAAAACAUUCUGUGCGGCGACUUGACUACGGUGUCAUCGCUUCUUGGUCUGACACCUGUGGAGGUCGUGACAAAUGCAGCUUCUUUCUCCUCGGGCGAUGAAGCACUUGUAAUGGGUUCCAGCAAAAAUGGAACUCAGUUGUUCGCGAGAAUUGCGUGGAAAAGGCCAAUGAACCCUUCUGCUACGGCCGAGAAGAGCUUAGCGCUCAUCCACUUUGAUCCUGCUCACCUGGCAAAUGCCCUCCUCCAAAUCUACUUGAAAAUGUUCGCCGACGAGGAUGUCACGCAGCUGCUCGCCAGCAUGAACAAAACACCCAACUCGAGACCGUCGGUGCCUACCUAUCACCGAGCAAGCUUUGUCGCUCUUCUAUGUCUUGUGAAGUCCCGGGUCAAGACUGACUGGAACCAAAUGAUGACCGCAUUGCUAGAGCUCAUAGAUGGAGAUGAAAGGCUCGCAUUCUCUCAUACUUACACACAAGAGCUGAAUCUGUGGACGCACAUGAUGGGUCUCUACUCGGUCGACGUCCUGCGAAAUCCGCCCGGCGCAUUAGUCGGUCCUCAGGGAAGUGGGAUUCUGCAGCAAUGGCAAAACAUUCCAGAGGUGGUUAGUGUGACACUCGAGGUCCCAAGAGACAGACUGGAUCCUUUCAUCAAAGAGUCGAUGAAGAAGGGAUUCACAUCUGCGAUCCAGGGAACUUUACAAUCCUCCCCACAAUCAGAGAACCAAUGGCAAAACAUGUUUGCUGCCACUCAGGUUGCCUUCGGUAGCUUGGACUCCAAGGGAGCUCAAUCUAGCGACCUUUAUGAGCUUGAGAUCCGCGAGGACGAGCUGGGGUGGUCCGGAAAAUCGUCCAUGUUCGUCUCCUUCUACGUGCCCACCUGGAUCCUACUCCAAGAGCCUCAGACGGCUACCGUCUCGCUGUCUCUCCCUCACAGCGCUCACACGGUGGCUGCUUUUGCCAGUACCCUGGGACAAAACCUGAGUGUUUUCACUACAGAACAACGGGAUUCUGACCAUGUUCAUAUCACUAAAACCUUGCCAAACCAGAGCAAGGUUAUCUCCAUCGAUGGCUUUGCCCCUGGCGUUGCCACGAACGAAACCGACCCUCAAGGAAACUCCGAGUCAACAGUGACGGCCAGUGUUGACAAUUCCGGUCAUAUCUCAUCAUUCACCAGCCACGUCCAGAUUCUUUCCGAGGAGACAAAGAAGGUCCUCCAGGAGGGAAGUAAAGUCAUCCAAUCAAUGAGAUCGCCAUUCAAUUAUACUUUGUCCCUCGAGCGAGGGCCAAAAUACGCCGCCAAUUUCCCUGCUCCUGUCUUGAGCUCGACUGCCAAGAUCCGAGUUGCCCGCAAGUCAUCAUUCCUCGAGAUUGUGGCAGACGUUGCGAAAUCGAAUGACUGGCCGAAUCUCCAGUCGUUCAUGUAUCCGGUCUACGUGGACUCUGGCUCUCCCGCCGUUUGGAACAUGCCGCAUCUUAACAUUGCUUCGCUUCCAAAGAUCGAUCUCUCAAAUACAUCAUCCGAGCGACUCAAUUGGCUCAAGUAUCAUCUGCCAACCAUGUGGUCAUCCAAAGAAAGUGCUCUGAAGUUCAAUCCUUCAUUGCCCGCAACACCGAAUCUGCGUGCCAAGGUUGAGUUCAAAGAUUCGCUGUACCACAUGUUCAUGGGAUUCACCGGAGUCCAAGGAAAGCACGCAUCCGUAUACGCAAUUAACAGCGCAGAUGAAGGAGGUGUGCAGAUGCUAUUCUUUUUAUCGGAGAUGCGACUCGACCUGUCGAAUCGGACUCCCGUUCUCGAUGCAGCAGUCCUACCCCUGCGCCUUGAUCUGAUGGAAACCAUUCUGCCGUCUCUACAAGCGAUUCAGGGAAGCAGUCACGCCCCAGCAGCAAUCUCCACCCCCAAGUCUGAGGUCAAGCUUUGGAAAGAAUCACUGCCAGCCUGGUCUGAGCGUAGUCGGUCCUGGUCCCACAAGUCCAGCUGCGAGUACCUGUCCAGAGGCGCAAUCCCGAUCUCAACCGGAUUUGGCGAGAGGGUUCUCUGUUCUUGCGGUGAGGGUAAACUACCCAAGGAUUUCAUGCCUGACUUCCCUGGCUGGAAGGGUCUUUCGAAAUAUGCUGUCCGGGUUUCUGUCUCUCCUGCUUUUACCUCGGCGCUUGUUGAGAGUCCUCUCGAUCUAUCUGGUUCUGGGUUUACUGCCAAAACUCCUGACGAAGAAGCAGGUGGUUGCCAGGUUUGCGGUAAUCCUAGCAGGCCUGAUGGCUCGGACUUGAUGAAUUGUUCGCGCUGUCACACGACCAAAUAUUGCUCGAAGGAUUGUCAGAAGAAGGAUUGGAAGCAACACAAACUUGUUUGCAAGGCAUAG